UCCUGCCAAUUACAAAAAAAAAAAAAGGCAGUCGAUGGUACAAAAGACAUCAUUUGGCUUUUCCCUGUCUCCGUUGCUCGAGGUUCAUAAAAGUGUAGAUUAAAUUGCUGUUCCGUUCGCCACGAGAAAUACUUAGUGUAAGUGGGGAAAUUGGAAUGGAAUAUGGAACCUGUUGUUGUUAUUUCAACUCUUCUCCUUUUCUUGCAGGCUAUGCCCAGGAGGAACAGCUGAAAGAAGAGGAGGAAAUAAAAGAGGAAGAGGAAGAGGAGGAGGACAGCGGGUCAGUAGCUCAGCUUCAGGGUGGCAAUGACACGGGGACCGAUGAGGAGGUAGACACAGGCCCAGAGCAGAAAGGCUGCUUCAGCUACCAGAACUCUCCGGGAAGCCAUCUGUCCAAUCAGGAUGGGGAGAACGAGUCUCUGCUGAGCGACGCCAGUGACCAGGUGUCGGACGUCAAGAGCAUCUGUGGCCGAGAUGCCCCGGACAAGAGAGCGAACGCUCAGCCCAAGCUUGCCGGCGAAGCGCACAACUGCAUGGAUAAAAUGACGGCUGUCUACGCCAACAUCUUGUCCGACUCCUACUGGUCAGGCCUGGGCCUCGGCUUCAAGCUGUCCAAUGCUGAGAGGCGGAAUUGUGACAGCCGCAACGGCAGCAGCAAGAGUGACUUUGAUUGGCACCAGGACGCCCUGUCCAAGAGCCUGCAGCAGAACUUGCCCUCCCGGUCCGUCUCGAAACCCAGCCUGUUCAGCUCGGUGCAGCUGUACCGGCAGAGCAGCAAGAUGUGCGGGACCGUGUUCACGGGCGCCAGCAGGUUCCGCUGCCGGCAGUGCAGCGCCGCCUACGACACCCUGGUCGAGCUGACCGUGCACAUGAACGAGACGGGCCACUAUCAAGAUGACAACCGCAAGAAGGACAAGCUCAGACCCACGAGCUACUCGAAGCCCCGGAAAAGGGCUUUCCAGGAUAUGGACAAGGAGGAUGCUCAGAAGGUCCUGAAAUGUAUGUUUUGUGGCGACUCCUUCGAUUCCCUCCAAGAUCUGAGCGUCCACAUGAUCAAAACUAAACAUUACCAAAAAGUGCCUUUGAAGGAGCCAGUGCCAACCAUUUCCUCGAAAAUGGUCACCCCGGCAAAGAAACGCGUCUUUGAUGUCAACCGGCCGUGUUCCCCCGACUCGACCACAGGGUCGUUCGCAGAUUCUUUUUCCUGCCCGAAGAGCGCCAGCCUGCAGGCAAGCUCCAACAACCGCUACGGCUACCAGAACGGCGCCAGCUACACCUGGCAGUUCGAGGCCUGCAAGUCCCAGAUCCUGAAGUGCAUGGAGUGUGGGAGCUCGCACGACACCUUGCAGCAGCUCACCACCCACAUGAUGGUCACGGGCCACUUUCUCAAGGUCACCAGCUCUGCCUCCAAGAAAGGGAAGCAGCUGGUGCUGGACCCGCUGGCGGUGGAGAAGAUGCAGUCCUUGUCGGAGGCCCCCAGCAGCGACUCCCUGGCCCCCAAGCCGUCGAGCAACUCGGCGUCCGACUGCGCGGCCUCCACGACCGAGGUGAAGAGAGAGAGCAAAAAAGAAAGGGCAGAGGAAGCCGGCAAGGACGAGAAAGUCGUAAAGAGCGAGGACUACGAAGAUCCUCUGCAAAAGCCUCUAGACCCCGCGAUAAAAUACCAGUAUCUGAGGGAGGAGGAUUUGGAAGACGGCUCCAAGGGUGGAGGGGACAUUCUGAAAUCUCUGGAAAAUACAGUCACCACGGCCAUCAACAAGGCCCAAAACGGGGCUCCGAGCUGGAGCGCCUACCCCAGCAUCCACGCGGCCUACCAGCUGUCGGAGGGCGCCAAGCCGCCUCUGCCCGUGGGGUCCCAGGUCCUGCAGAUCCGCCCUAACCUCACCCACAAGCUGAGGCCGAUCGCGCCCAAGUGGAAGGUCAUGCCGCUCGUCCCCGUGCCCACAAACCUGGCCCCGUACACGCAGGUCAAGAAGGAGUCGGAAGACAAAGAGGAAGCCGGGAAGGAGGGUAGGAAGGGAAGUCCCCACGAAGAGGCCUCGUCUUUCAGCCACGGUGAGGGGGACUCUUUCUCCAAGGGCGAAACGCCCCCAGAAUCCAAAAAGCCUGAGCCGUGUCCCCUGAAGGAGGAGGACAAGCUGAUGCAAGAGUGUGGAGAGAAAGAGAAGCCCCAGGCCCUGGAGCCCACGUCUUCUCUUAGCAACGGAUGCGCCCUGGCCGGCCACCCCGCGGGCCUCCCGUGCAUCAACCCGCUCAGCGCCCUGCAGUCCGUCCUGAACAAUCACCUGGGCAAAGCCACGGAACCCUUGCGCGCGCCUUCCUGCUCCAGCCCGAGCUCAAGCACAAUUUCCAUGUUUCACAAGUCCAGUCUCGGCGUCAUGGACAAGCCGGGGCUGAGUCCCGCCUCCACCAGGCCGGCCGGCGUGUCCAGGCGCUACCUGUUUGAGAACAACGACCAGCCCAUCGACCUGACCAAGUCCAAAAGCAAGAAAGCCGAGUCCUCCCAAGCACAGUCCUGCACGUCCCCGCCUCAGAAGCACGCUCUGUCCGACAUCGCCGACAUGGUCAAGGUCCUCCCCAAAGCCACCACCCCAAAGCCCGCCGCGUCCUCCAGGGUCCCUCCCGUGAAGCUGGAGAUGGAUGUCAGGCGCUUCGAGGACGUCUCCAGCGAGGUCUCCACGUUGCAUAAAAGAAAGGGCCGGCAGUCCAACUGGAACCCUCAGCAUCUUCUGAUUCUGCAGGCUCAGUUCGCCUCCAGCCUCUUCCAGACCUCGGAGGGCAAGUACCUGCUGUCCGAUCUGGGCCCGCAAGAGCGCAUGCAAAUCUCGAAGUUUACGGGACUUUCCAUGACCACCAUCAGCCACUGGCUGGCAAACGUCAAGUACCAGCUUAGGAAAACGGGCGGGACGAAGUUUCUGAAAAACAUGGACAAAGGCCACCCUAUCUUUUAUUGCAGUGACUGCGCCUCCCAGUUCAGAACCCCUUCUACCUACAUCAGCCACUUGGAAUCUCACCUGGGUUUCCAAAUGAAGGAUAUGACCCGCCUGGCAGUGGAUCAGCAAAGCAAGGUGGAGCAAGAGAUCUCCCGGGUAUCGUCGGCUCAGAGGUCUCCGGAAACAAUAGCUGGCGAAGAGGACACAGACUCUAAAUUCAAGUGUAAGUUGUGCUGUCGGACAUUUGUGAGCAAACACGCGGUAAAACUCCACCUAAGCAAAACGCACAGCAAGUCACCCGAACACCAUUCACAGUUUGUAACAGACGUGGAUGAAGAAUAGCUCCGCAGGACAAAUGCCUUAGUUUCAACUUUCCAGCCUGGAUGCCCCUCACUCUGAACCCUUCGUUGCACCACCCCGCUUCUGACAUUGAACUCACUGAACUCCUGACACCCUGGCUCCAAGAAGACUACCAAAAAACAAAAAAACAAAAAAAAAAUCACCCCAGCCAUUUCUCUUCAUCCUCACUAACAAUUUGGUAAUGAAGUAUUGAUUUCCACUUCUCUGCUUACGGAUGAUAUUAGAUUUUCAUUGAUAAACUGCAAUGGGGCUGUCUUGUCUCUACUGUCCCCUUUUCACUGUCACAAGAAAACAAAGUGCCACUGAGGAAAAAUAAUGACUGAGAACCUUGAUGUACUUAUUUUGUCAGUUUCUAACAGGAAGGGGUGGGGGGAGUAUACGCCUUCAUAGUUUAAUGUCCAAGUGGGCUGCACUAGAUGCAGACACUUGGAAGCGUACUUUUCAUGGUAAUGUCCAUUUCCUAUUUAUAAGCCCUCUGGGAACGUUUGUCUAAAGGAAAUGUUUCUGUUCAGUGUAACAAUUACGGUUGCACCUGGAUUGCCCAGUCCUGCCCCUGCGCUAGGGAGCCAUUAAUCACUGCAAAGUAGAAGAAUUAUUAAGUUAAACCAGAGUUUGAGCCAAGAAAACCUCUGAACAAUGUUCAUCUUCUGUGAAAGUUGUUCAAGUAGUUAGGCUUAACCAUGUUGCUGCCAAAGACUUUUUCUCAUGCAGUGGUGGGCAUCUGUAUCAGCACCCUUAUCUUGAUUGGUUAAAAACAAAAAUGGUCUUAAGCCUGCAUCACUGUCCCAUGAGACCUGCAAACUGGGAGAACUGGUAGGAUGCAGGAUCUGAGAGAAAACAAGAAGAUGAGAUCGUUGCAGGGUAGAAAGUUCAGCAGCAGCCUUUUCUGGUAAUUUCUUUCUGCAGGAUCUGUUGUUUAUGGGCUCUAAAACGAAGCUUAGCUUUAGAAGCAACAGAAAGCAUGAAAUAGGGUGUCCAUUUUAAAUGUGUUCUUGCAACUUUUUUCAUUAAAACUUUGAGGGCCCAAUUUUAAUUUGUGGAAUAUUCCCGUUAAUAAUGAGAUCUAAUUAAGACAUCCAUUAAAAGCCCGUUAAAGUUAAUUUAACGUAAAAAUUCCAAUAGAACUGUAUUAGAUUUUCUCCAUUAAAUUAACGUUAUGGAUUUUUAACGGAUGUCUUAAUUAUACGUUAUUAUUAACGGGAAUACUGUAUUACACAGAUUAAAAUCAGGUCCUAAGUCAACUUGAAAAAGCUAAGAGCAUGUUUUAAUAUUAAAAGUCUUGCAUACCUAGUGCACAGUUUGGAAAUGGAGGGGUAGAUCUGUUUACUCUAGUCGAGCAUUUUCUAUACAAUUGAAAGCAACCUAUAAUAGAUAAAUCCAUCAUUGCAUUUAAACAAUGAAUUUCCUUAUUCUCAAAGGACAAAUAAGUCUGGAUUAUGUUGUAAAUUGCUACUCAGCUAUAGGUGAAAUAUUUAUGCUUAUUCUAGGCACAACACUAGGAACUAGAUGAUUCUGAAACAAAAGAAAUAUUUUGUGUUGUUGCUUUAAUUACCAAGGUUAUAAAAAAAAAAAUCUCAACACUGACAAAACGAAGCCAAAUAGCUCCUCCUCAUCGUUUCUCACAGAGGCUGCCUGUUGGAAUUGUUUUGGAAAUUUUGACAUGAUCCCUAAAUUCAACUUUGGGAUUUGAAAAAAAAAAAAAAAAACUUCUUAUUUACCUCCUAGGGAAAGUGUUGCCCUUAUGCCACAUAUAAUAGCAAAUUGCUUUUUUUAUGGCAUGCAUAACCUAGAUGGGAAAAAAUAUGGCGCUUCAGGGAAGGAGGGAAAAAGUAAAUGAAGUUCCAGGAAUGUCAUUCUGAAGUAAUGAGGCAUGGACAGAAAAUAUACCCCUCACAUCAUCGGAUUGAGAUGGCAGUCGAAAUAGCUUCAUUGAAGUGUCAGCACUCAUCCAUCAAUCAAUCACCCACAAGGAAAAAUAGCAACAGUACAACGGGGCGGCUUUUAUGGGAUUUACUCAUGGGCAUAGGGAAUAGCGGCUCAAAUGUAGUUCUGACAUGAAAAGCAAGGUGCUGAUAUUAUUUUUUAUGAUGGGAGGAUCAUAAAGUGAAUUGAGAACAGCGAGGUCUGUCUUUGCUUAACCUAUUCAACCAGAAAUGAAUGGAGCUCAACUGGAAAGGAACAGUCUUCGGAUGGGUUAAGAUUGAAGGGUGGACUCUACCGAGCUCUGUCCUUCAAACAACAAAAUUCUAUAAAAAGAAAAUCAAUGCGUUAGCAUUGGGGUUCUUGAAGCUGUUAAAAAUUGCCUGCUCCAAUCCAGGGUUAUUAGAUAAAGUUACAUAACUCAGACCCCACCACAACCGUCCAAGAGCAAAUUCUCGAGCUCUUGCUCCAACUGGGGAGAAACAGUACAAUUCUCAACUCCGUGGAAAUUGUUUCCCUCUAAGAAAAAAAAAUAAUAAAUCAUCUGCUUCAACAUA